AAACAAGAACACCCCAUUUGAUCGAAGCUAAGAGUCCCUCAUCAAUGAUUGCACCGUUUCGAAACAGCCCAUGAAUUCGAUCCAGGAACGUUGAUCAAACGUUCUUUGACUCUGGAAAGGGACGACGGAGUGGACAUGAAGCAAAAGGUGGUCGAUAAGUUCCCUCUGAACCAGCAUGGCGACACCGAGAAGAGCAGGUCCUCCAAAGCCACGCGGAUUGCUCAGAGCAUUCUGGAUGUUGAAGCAAUUGGCCUGCAAGGUGAACACAAGGAUCCGACCGCUGUUGUCAGCAACAGCAUCGACUCAGUAAGACUGAUGCUUAUACCGAGAAUUUGUUUUAGAGAAGCUCAAAACCUGAGUGUCGAUUCUGUAGGUGAGGAUGCGAUACACCAGCAGAACCCAGUCAUCGAAUAUGGGAUACUGGCCAGGCUAUUUCUGGUGAUGGCCUCAUCAUCAUACGGGUUCUCGUAGACAGACAGGAUAGCAUUCAUAGUACAUUAGAUUAGAUUUUGCAAUGUUAAUGUUGCUUUUUUUGUACUCAUUCUUGAAUCAGAUGUAAGCUGCGAAAACGGCAUCCAAGAUUUCCAUAGCUAGAAUCUAGAAUAUAUUAGUCGAGAAUAAAAGGAUUUGAGCAUCAUUGGAAUCCAUGAUUCUUGAUGCGGAAUAGCAAUCCUUAACACCGCUGCUUCUCCUCUAUUACCUCU